AUGUCAGACUUAUCGGCACAACUAUCCGCAUUCAAAAACAAGCUAAAGAGCGGACCGUCUGUAGCUGUGGCUAGAAAAGCAGUAAUCUCCAAACCCACUUCGCCAUUACCCUCAACUCAGUCAAAUCCAUCAAGCACUCCAUCAAAACGACCAAACCCAUCGGAGCCCACAGUUGAUGCAUACAAAAGGUACAAGCCAGAUGCAACGGACCUCAGUGGCUCUCAUUUAUCGACACAACUACACUUGGCAGUUGAGUAUAUCAAGGAACAGGACCACCCAAUCAGUAUAGGUAAACUUCAGCAAACGUUAUCGUUUGAUGUCGAACACACACUACUACCUCUACUUAAGGAGAUUGAUAGGGUCAAGUAUGAUGAAACUAACAGGACGUUGGAGUAUGUUUCGCUACACAAUAUCAAAACUGCCGAUGACUUGUUGGAGUUUUUGAGGAAACAAACUACAUUCAAAGGCGUUUCAGUAAAAGAGUUGAAGGAUGGAUGGGCUGGAUGCUACCUGGCUAUCGACGAGUUGGAAGCAGAAGAUAAGAUUUUAGUUUUGAGAAAUAAAAAGGAGAAUGCACCAAGACUCGUGUGGGCAAACGCGGGUGGCAAAGUCGGGGCCAUAAGUGAUGAAUUCAAAAAGAUGUGGGUUGAUGUCAAACUUCCUGAACCAGAUGUAUUGUACCAAUCAUUGAUAAAUCAGGGCUUGAAGCCAACCGGAGCAGACCCAAGCUUGGUUAAUAAAAUGCCGCAACAGCAAGAAAAGAAACAAAAGAAAGCUCGCAGGGGAAAGAUUACUAAUACCCACAUGAAGGGAAUAUUGAAGGAUUAUAGUCAGUUGGUCUAG